AUGAAGUUCUCACAUAGCAUCCAGUUCAAUGCUGUACCCGAGUGGAGCAACCAAUACAUUUCGUACAGCAACCUUAAGAAAUUAAUCUACGCUCUCGAGAAAAGGCUUCACCAAGCCAAUGCCAUCCCCGAAGAUGUCGAGUCAUCACCACUCCUGAACGGCGACUCUGAAGACCCGGACAAAGUCUUCUCAAAAGCCCUGGAUGUCGACCUCGAGAAGAUCUGUUGUUUCUACCAAUUGAAAGAGUUGGAAAUAUACGGAGAGGUCGAAUCGCUGCUCCAGGACGAGCUCGCUUUCGAGGAAGAGACAAGAGAGCAGGAUGGAGAACACGAAGCAGGACCCGCUGCGCGGAAUGGUACUCUUGCGAAAGCGAGGAAGGCUAGCAUCUUCAAGGGCUUCAGCAUCGGUCGCCCUCGACGUAGCACUCUGAGCCACCACCAGGAGGAGGGCGACAGCGAUGAUGAACGCACUGGUCUGACCAAGUCAAAUUCUCGUGACGGCAACCCAUACGACAUGUCUGCAAGCUCCAACAUAGACACCUCAUCACGCCGUCGCCCAAGCAGCUCCCACGACUUUGACGACCAGGCCCUUGACGUGCUGUACAACGAAGGAGUCACUCUCAAGAAGCGCACAAUCAGCAUCUAUGUCACUCUGUGCGAGCUGCGUUCUUUCAUUCAACUCAACAAGACUGGUUUCGGAAAAGUAUUGAAAAAGUACGACAAAACUCUGGACCGCAAGCUCAAAAGCUCUUACCUCAAGGCAAACGUGGAUACCGCCUACCCCUUCCAGCCCGAAACUGUGGAUCGCUUGAAUGCCAACAUUGAGAAAAUCGAGACGGCAUAUGCAGACCUGGUGACCAAGAGCGAUGUCGAGCUGGCUCGCCGUGAGCUGCGUCUCCAUUUGCGUGAACACGUUGUCUGGGAGCGCAAUACCGUUUGGCGCGAGAUGAUUGGUAUCGAGCGCAAAGCUCAAGCUGCCAACAUGGGUCUCGGUCAAACCAUGUUGGGCGGUAUCGAGAAUCGUGGCAAGGCCCGCUUACAGGGCGACGAAGAGGAAGAGGCUACAAAGGAGGUCGUUACACCUCUCGGCAAGUACAGGUGCCCGCGCUUCCUCUUGUCAAGCACCUUUUACACCUUGGUGGCUGUGAUAGCCGUUUUCUUUGUUCUACUGUUUGCUCCGAUCAUGGAGUCUCCAGUUGAGCAGAACUGUUUGGCGCUCGUUGUCCUCGUCAGUCUGCUGUGGGCUACCGAGGCCAUUCCAUUGUUUGUGACAUCUCUGCUUGUCCCCUUCCUUGUUGUGGUCUUGCGUGUUGUCAGAUCCGAAGCUGAGCCUCACCGCCGUCUGGAAUCCAAGGCAGCAGCCACGUACAUCUUUGGCGCUAUGUGGUCUCCAGUCAUCAUGCUCUUGCUUGGAGGCUUCACUAUCGCUGCUGCACUGAGUAAGCACAACAUUGCAAAGAUGAUGGCUACAUUUGUGCUCAGCAAGGCCGGCACAAAGCCUCAUAACGUACUAAUCACCAGUAUGUUCGUUGCCAUGUUCGCAAGUAUGUGGAUCAGCAAUGUUGCAGCUCCUGUUCUCUGCUUUUCGAUCAUUCAGCCUAUCCUCCGAAAUCUGCCUGCUGACUCGGACAUGACCAAGGCCCUGCUCUUGGGUAUUGCUCUGUCCUCCAAUAUGGGAGGUGCGGCCUCACCAAUCGCCUCGCCUCAGAACUUGAUCGCCUUGCAGAACAUGACUCCGGCUCCUGGGUGGGGAGUUUGGUUCUUCAUCGCGCUUCCGGUCUGUAUCAUCUCUAUCCUCAUGAUCUGGGUUCUGCUCCUGGUAACCUUCCGUCCUGGUCGUAACACAACUAUUGUGCCCAUUCGUCCCAUGAAGGACAAGUUUACUCCUACCCAGUGGUUCAUCAGCUUCAUCACCCUUCUCACCAUCAUCCUCUGGUGCUUCAGUCAUCAGCUCGAGUUCAUUUUCGGUGAUAUGGGCGUUAUUGCCAUUCUGCCCAUGGUCGUCUUCUUCGGUCUAGGCAUCCUCAACAAGGAGGACUUCAACAACUUCCUCUGGACCAUCAUUAUCCUGGCUGCUGGAGGACUUGCACUUGGAAAGGCCGUCAACUCGUCUGGCCUUUUGCGCACUAUUGCAGUGUCCAUCACCAGCCGCGUUGAAGGUCUAGGACUCUACAGUGUGCUGGUCGUGUUUGCUGCACUGAUCGGUGUGGUGGCGACCUUCAUUUCUCACACAGUCGCUGCUCUGAUCGUAUUGCCCUUGGUUCAGCAAGUUGGCGAGGGAAUGAGCGAUCCUCACCCCAAUCUCCUUGUCAUGGGCAGUGUGCUCAUGGCCUCAGCCGCCAUGGGACUUCCUACUUCUGGCUUCCCUAACAUGACUGCUAUCAUGAUGGAAGAACCAAACACUGGCAGACGUUACCUCCAGGUAAAGCAUUUCAUCACCCGUGGUGUACCUGCCUCGAUAAUGGCCUACGUCGUCAUCAUCACUGUUGGUUACGGUCUGAUGCUGGCUGCUGGGUUCUAA